AUGUCGUACUAUUUGCUCGUGAUGGCGUUCUCUUGGUUCGGCGGCGUCAGACUUCAGUACAUAAGCGCCGGAGACGCGAGCGAAACUCUCACUAACCCACCCACCACCACGUUCCACUAUCCGCCGCUGCCCUACUCGGAAUAUUUCAAUCCACCGGAGCGCGACAACUUCGAUAACAGUUACGACGUACCGACACCCGCCUUCGACCAGUUCUACCAAAGCGGCGAGAGCCAGAGAUUCUACCUGAAGCGAAAUCGCCGGAUGAGCAACCGCGGGCAGACGGCCGAAGUCGGCGACAGACGUUGGCAGCCCAAACUCGAGGGCUUCGACAGAGGCGGCUACUUGACGAACCAAGGCGGGGACGAAACGCAGUACUUCGUUGAAAACGUACCGAACAACGGCGAUGAGAACGCAACGGACGCGAAAUACGAGAAGGCGCUCGAGAAGAACUUCGGCCAGGGGAGAGGGAAGCGCGACGCCGCGAACCUCCAGCACAUGUGGACGUGGAAGCGGGAGAUGAACGUCCGAGAGCCGAACAUGCCGAAGAGGGUGCGCUUCAGCCCGUGGGGCGGCAAGCGGAGCGGGCAGAUCGUCCACAAGUCCGCCAAAGGAUCAAAGAUCAUUUUCUCCACGUCCAUACCCCAGCUGACGCGUAUAGUCACGAACUAUUCGCCGAAGGGGGAACAGACGGACCUGAAGGGGUUCCAGUUCGUGCCCGCUCGGGACAAACGGCACCCGAUCAAGAUCUUGACACUCAGCACGAAGGUCGACGAGCGCACACUGAGGGAGGCGCUGCCGUACAAAGCUUUCAUCGAGAGCAUACCGAAACUCUUCAAGCCCGGCAACACGUACACAGACGUCGCCCUAAAGAGCGAUGGCAAGAGGAAAGUGAAGUUUAGCGCGUGGGGAGGGAAGAGAUCCCCGCCGAUAAUCGGCCCCAUAUGGACCCCGGCACCGCAGAACAUCAAGGAGUCGACGUUAGACACCAUCAUACUUAUCAGGAACAACCCUGAACAGGCCCAAUUGAUGACCAAAGAAUAU